AUGGUUUACAGGUUAGAUAAAGCUCUUUAUGGACUUAAACAAGCUCCAAGAGCUUGGAAUAAAAAGAUAGAUGCUUUCUUUGUAGAACAUUCUUUCAAGAAGUGUUCAGUUGAAUAUGGCCUGUAUGUUAAGCAUUGUGAAGGCAAGAAUCUUCUAUUGGUAUGCUUGUAUGUCGAUGAUCUUCUGAUUACAGGAGAUUCCAUUCAUGACAUAGACAAGUUGAAGGUGCUUCUCAAGUCAGAGUUUGAAAUGACUGACUUGGGAAAGGUAGCUUACUUUCUAGGAAUGCAAUUUCAUUACACUGAUAAAGGUGUGUUGCUGCAUCAAGGGAAGUAUGUGAGAGAAGUUCUGGGAAGGUUCAAAAUGUCUGAUUGUAAUCCUUCAAGGACACCAGCUGAAGUGAUUCAGAAGUUUGAUUCAACUGUUGAAGAGAGGGUUGAUGCAACUGAGUACAAGCAGUUGGUUGGAUCUUUGAGGUAUUUGUGUAACAGCAGGCCAGACAUUUGCUAUGCAGUUGGAGUUUUGAGCAGGUUCAUGAGUGAGCCUCAGAAAUCUCACUUACUUGCUGCCAAGAGGGUACUGAGAUAUGUUAAAGGUACCAGUGAUUUGGGGAUCUGGUUCCCUAUGUAUGGAGGACAAGGUAAUGUUGAUUUGUAUGGUUUCUCUGAUUCGGACUGGUGUGGUGACAAGUUGGAUAGAAGAAGUACCACUGGUUACUUGUUUAUGUUUCAGGGAGCUCCAAUCUCUUGGGUCUCGAAGAAGCAGCCAGUGGUUGCACUCUCCUCAUGUGAAGCUGAAUACAUAGCUGGUUGUUAUGCAGCAUGUCAAGCUGCCUGGCUGAGUGCUUUACUCACUGAGCUUGGAGUACAGUUAGAGGGUUCAGUAUGCUUGAGGAUUGACAACAAAUCAACCAUUAACCUUGCCAAGAAUCCAGUGGCUCACGGAAGGAGCAAACACAUUGAAACAAGAUUCCAUUUUAUUAGAGAACAGGUUGAGAAAGGAAGACUGAAGCUUGUUCAUUGUGGAACUCUUGAUCAAGUUGCUGACUUGCUGACUAAGGCAGUGAAAGGGGACCAAUUUGAAAAAUUGAGACAGGAAUGUGAUGUUGUCUCUAUUGCUGACAUUUGA